GCGGCUCAUCAUGUUUAGUUAAUAGCGCCAUAGUGAAACACGAUGUUUAUGCACAUUAAACUGUGAAGAAUUGUUUUCUUUAAAAAAAAAAAACACAACAAACAAACAAAAAAACAGAAACAAUGUCAAUUUGUAAGAUAUGGUAUAGCUUAUAGGAGAACAAUGUCUUCGUCUCCAGGAGAAGACACAGACACAGAUUCCCAGAAAGACACGACGUCUGGUGCAGAACUCUCAUUUAGCAUCAAGAAAAUUUUAGGAGAUGACGACAACAGUUCUAGACAUGGCGAUCAUCUUAAAAGUUCCGUAACUCUUGGCCAGAGCGCGGCGAACUCUUUUUACGACUACGGUUCCGGAUAUGGAGCUUUCCGUGGUGCUGGUGCACUUCCUGUUGGCUCAUUGACAUGCGUACCGCUGUUUGGCGGAUCUGACACAGCCGGGGUAAUACGGGUGCCCAUGCAUCGGCCACACCCAGUGGUACCCGUAUGGACGAGCUAUGCAGUGCCUUGGUUGGAUAUUCGACGGGACAGAUUUGGAGUGGUUCGCCGGAUAGGUCAUCCGUACCAAAACCGAACUCCCCCGAAGCGGAAGAAGCCGAGGACCUCAUUCUCGAGACUUCAGAUCAUGGAGCUGGAGAAGCGGUUCCACAGACAGAAGUACCUCGCCUCCGCCGAGAGGUCCUCGCUCGCCAAGGGGCUCAAGAUGACAGACGCGCAGGUGAAAACCUGGUUCCAGAACAGGAGGACGAAGUGGAGGAGGCAGACAGCUGAGGAGAGAGAGGCGGAACGUCAAGCCUCAAACCGCCUCAUGUUGAGCCUCCAAGCGGAAGCCAGCAAGACGGUGUACGACAUCCGGGACCCGCUGUGUCUGAGUAAUACGUCAUUGAACGCGCUGCAGAAUCUACAACCAUGGGUUGACGAGUCUACGAGAAAUGCAGGGUAGCAGCUAGUUCCGGUCAUGCGCAGUGUCAUAUUCAGGAAAAGGCGCGCUCGUGAACAAUUCGACUGGUUUCCAUUGUAUCCAGUUCUAUCACAUUCGUUUAAUGUAAGGCGCAAAAACCAGUCUAGCUAUGGGCAGCGAGCGAUUGGCCUCCCGAACGUCAGUCACGUGUCUGUAUGAACUAUGACGGCUAGUGCCGGUCUUGCGCAAAUGGUUGUGUCAACCAUCUAUGGCUGUGUGAAGUUAACCAUUGCAGACUCGAACUGAUAUGGAUGUCGAUAUCACAGAUGGCGUUGUUCUGUCUGACAUAAUCGAAUUUAUUUAUUUUUAAAGAAGACAAUAAUGUUCAAUAUUUCUGAAAUAUCAACAGAGUAUCAGAUCAAAAACUGAAACGUUUUUAUUUCUUUUGUUUCAUUUACGGCUUUUCAGGACCUCACAAAUGUCAUUCCAAUACAUAUUGCAACAUAAAAGGAAUAGACAUUUUAACUGAUAGUGAAGGGAUUUGUUAACAUCCUAAAUAAACAUGACACUGUGCUGUAUAUUAUAACCAUUCUUUAACUAUGCCUACAAAAACUCAGUAUUUGAUAGAACCGGUGGUCAUCGGAGGUUUCUAAGAGUUAUGUAGUCGUGGGGAUGUUUGUAUUAUUGUUAUUUCAUAUAAUAUAUUUUAAUUAAUUUUAUUUCAUAUAAUUUCAAUUCAUUUGGGGAUACGCGCACUGUUAGUCGCCAUAUUUUGAAGAAAUUAUAUGAGGAUUUGUACACUAAAAUAAAAGCUCUAUUAUGUGUAGACAUUUUGAACUAAUCGGUAGUGGGAGUUCGGGUCUCUACACUUCGGUGAAGACGUCAGUAAUCUCUACAACAGUCAACUCUGUACUUCGAUGUAAAUAGGUCAACGGUAAUCUCUACAACAGGUCAGUUAUAUACUUCGAUGUAAAUAAGUCACCAGUAAUAAACUGGUCAACAAGAACCAAUCAAAACUCUAAGGUACCGCCACUCAAAAUACUUCUUCUACCAAACGUCAGCAAGUGAUAUGUCAUCACAUACAGGACAGCUCAUACCACGGCUUUUGUAAUAUUAGCACAUACCACGGUAUUUGGUGUACCAUUCGGCUUCCUCUGUAAACCGUGUCUCUAUUCAUUACACAGUCGAAGGGAUCUUUCGUUUUACACUUGUACGUCCACAAGAUGAAUUUCAUACAUUUAUACUGGUAUGCCCACAAUUCUAUGAAUUCUGAGUUAAAUACAUUAAAACUAUUACUAUUUCAAGCCAUUGGUUUUCUAACUACAUGUAAUUUAUUUGUAAAUUUAUUAGUGUUGAACAGAAGAAAAACGUCUAUCAUUAGCUGUAUUAGUUGUAAUCCCCACCAAACCUAAUAGACCUGUGUAGUCACUGAUAUCUCCUGUUAUGCCAUUUCCAUAUUGCAUGUUGUAUUGAGAAUUGGUUUCACAGUUUAUGUGCAGUUCACCAUUUUGUUUAACAUGUUGUGUUGUAAACUGUUUUGUUCUUUUGUGACGUAAGACAUAUGGAAAUAUAUUGAACUGAUUUUAAUUGAACUGAACUGAACUGAAUUGAACUGAACACAGUCGCGGCACUUACGAACUGAUAAACUCAGUGACGAUACCGGGUGUUCGUGAAAUAUUGAACAUACCCAUCGCCACGACUGAUCUCCGAAUGUGUUCCCAGGACAGCCUGUUUGAAACAAAACUUGGUAUAAGGACAAAAUAAAAGUAUUAUACCACAACCAGCUGCAGCAUUCUCCUAUGUUAGGCUAUGACAUGUUCACUGUAUGAACAGUUAAACGUUUCCUUUACAGACAAAAUGUGAACAAUCCAGAACCACUUUGUUCACUGCAGAAUAUUAUACGCGUCAGAAGGUAGUACUAAACCAAAUAACAUCCGAAUGGGUCAAAGUUCGAGUUGCACCGAACGUUUGAUAGAGCUGAUAAUACCACAAGUUGGUUGUAAAAACAACAUUAGUUUAUAGGGCAGUCAUAGACGUCACCCGUUAUCUCUUAAAUGAGCAGCUUACCCCCUCCCCCCUCCCCAAUCCUUUCUGAUUUACUUUAAGGAUGAGGGGUGGUAGUAUUUAUAUCCAUGUUGUUUAUGUCGAUUGAUACACUGCAUGUUGAGGGUUUAGCCACUCGUUACUAUUGUCGUCUAUGGGAUUUGAUUUGGUGGUAUACACCCAGAAGUGGGCAUGAGAGGCAGGAGGCUGUGGCGAAUUAAUAUUAACAUUUUAAUUGCAGACAUCUUCCGACACCGGAGAUCAGAUAUGUACGCGAUUUCGCGUACUAUAAAUAAACAAACAAGUAUAUUUUUAUUGACGUGUAAA